AUUAAAGGCACUCUCUGUUCUGUUCUGCCAUUGUUAUAGCUUUUGGCUUAGCUUGUCCACUCUCCCUGAUCUUCAAUGGAACCGACGGUAACACCACCGGAGCCAGAGGCUCGAUCCGAAGAUAUCUCUUUAAGCGAUGAUAACAUAGUGAAUGCGGAGAAAGCAGAGGAGGAAGAACAUAGCGAUUCCGGUUCAGCGAUAACCGGCGUCGAUCUGAUCUUCGUCGCUGGUGACGAUGAUAUCUACGUUGAAGCGGAUGGCGUUGUGGAGAGGACGAAACUGGAGCUUCCCGAGGAAUACGCGAAGAGCGUUAUGGCUCUAACGUGCGAUUCCAAAGCUGAAUGUGGAUCUUGCCAUGUGUAUUUGAUUGGCACUGCUCAUGUUUCUGAGGAAUCAUGUCGAGAAGUUGAAGCUAUAGUCAGCUACAUGAAACCAGAGGUUGUCUUCGUGGAGUUGUGUGCAAGCCGGUUGUCUAUUCUCACACCUCAGGCUGUGAAGGUUCCAACCGUGUGGGAAAUGAUAGACAUGUGGAAGAAGAAACACAACCCGUUCGGAAUAGCCUACGGAUGGUUUCUUGCGAAGAUCGCAAGCAAGCUUGAUGUUUUGCCUGGUGCUGAGUUUCGUGUGGCAUAUGAAGAAGCAGUCAAAUAUGGUGGCCAGGUUAUUCUAGGUGAUCGUCCAGUGCAGAUCACUUUAAAGAGAACAUGGGCUAAAAUGCCUAUAUGGCAUAAAGUAAAGUUUUUGUACGGCUUAGUGUUUCAAGCUGUCUUUUUACCGAGCCCUGAGGAACUUGACAAAAUGCUGAAAGCUAUGAACGAUGCGGAUAUGCUAACAUUGGUGAUCCAGCAAAUGAGCAAGGAAUUUCCAUCUCUCAUGGAUACACUUGUGCAUGAGCGAGAUAAGUACAUGGCAUGUAUGUUGUCAAGAGUUGCAAGUGAGCAUGGUUCGGUUGUGGCAGUUGUUGGUAGAGGGCAUCUCCAAGGGAUCAAAAAGAACUGGGACCAACCUAUAAAUAUGAAGGAUCUAUUGGAGAUACCGACGAAUAAAUCAGUUCUUACAUUAAAGAAUGUUCUGAUAGCUCUGGCCAUUUUAGUCGCCGGGGCAGCCAUAGUUUCCCGCACAUAUCUUGCAAGCAGAGGUUAAAGAAUCUCAAGGCAGGGGAAGUUUCUCAUGAGGACAAUAAAAGUUAGGCUUAAUAACAAAUGAUUUACAUUGAUCUGCAGCAACUGUUAUAAUCUUUGUUGUCAUGAUUUUUUUACUUUUUGAUUUAUUGGUUGAAUAAUUUUAUAAUAGUUUAUACAAAAUCAAAUAUCUUUCCCCUCU